UGGGCAAUUGUGCGCUUUAAUGUCAAUCAGCACUGUUGUUUUGCCAGUUUAGUCUCGGAGGCUAAUGCCUUACUACGAAUUCAUUCAAUUAUUGUACAUACCAGCUGGAUUUUGAAAAGGUUACGGAGGCAUUUUAGUGUAACGUUAGUCGCUAUAACUUUUCAUUCGCUGUUUUUGUUUGUCUUGAAGCUUAGCACUAGCAUAAAGCUAGUUAGCUAGUCAGGGCUAGCCAUGUUAGUUUUUAGCAUCGCUAGAAGCUAACUGUUAGCCGGAAGACCACGGUCCUCUAACGUGAAAUACGGACUGUUGUUGAGUAAAAACAGGCAAUAUAAAUGCCCCACCUAAAUUAGAGGUGGCAGAAACAUUAGCUCUCACACUGGAGGACUGACAUUGACGAUGGCGUUAAUUGUGGACGUCCCAGCAGAUGAGUGGCCCUGAGAAGUGAUUCAGCCCGAUGAGUUAGCAACAAUGUCUUGUAAAUCAACUAAAGUUGCCCCAAGUGUUGAUUUCGACCACAGUUGUUCCGACAGUGUGGAAUAUUUGACGCUCAAUUUCGGCCCAUUUGAGACUGUCCAUCGCUGGAGAAGGCUCCCUCCGUGUGAUGAGUUUGUGGGUGCAAGGCGCAGCAAGCACACUGUUGUGGCAUACAGGGAUGCCAUCUACGUGUUUGGGGGAGACAAUGGGAAGAACAUGCUGAAUGACUUGCUCCGCUUUGAUGUGAAGGACUGCUCAUGGUGUCGAGCUUUCACCACUGGAACUCCACCUGCUCCCAGAUAUCACCAUUCAGCUGUAGUCUAUGGCAGCAGCAUGUUUGUUUUUGGGGGAUACACUGGAGACAUUUACUCAAACUCAAAUCUGAAAAACAAAAAUGACCUUUUUGAGUACAAGUUUGCCACAGGGCAGUGGACUGAAUGGAAAGUGGAGGGGAGCCUACCAGUGGCUAGAUCUGCACAUGGAGCCACAGUCUACAGUGAUAAACUGUGGAUAUUUGCUGGCUAUGAUGGAAAUGCCAGGCUGAACGACAUGUGGACCAUCAGUCUGCAAGAUCGGGAACAUGCAUGUUGGGAAGAGAUUGAUCAGAGUGGUGAGAUUCCUCCAUCUUGCUGCAACUUCCCUGUAGCCGUAUGCAGAGAUAAGAUGUUUGUGUUUUCUGGUCAGAGUGGAGCCAAGAUCACUAAUAACCUCUUCCAGUUUGAGUUCAAGGGCCACAUGUGGACACGUAUCCCAACCGAACAUUUACUGAGGGGCUCCCCUCCGCCACCUCAGAGACGAUAUGGCCACACUAUGGUUGCUUUUGACCGCCACCUGUAUGUAUUUGGCGGUGCUGCUGACAACACUCUGCCCAACGAGCUGCACUGCUACGAUGUGGACUCUCAGACCUGGGAGGUGAUCCAACCCAGCCUGGACAGUGAGAUGCCCAGUGGGAGACUCUUUCAUGCUGCUGCUGUGAUUCAAGAUGCCAUGUACAUCUUUGGGGGGACAGUGGACAACAAUGUGCGCAGUGGGGAGAUGUACAGAUUCCAGUUCUCAUGCUAUCCGAAGUGUACUCUCCAUGAGGACUAUGGCAAACUGUGGGAGAACCGUCAGUUCUGUGACGUGGAGUUUAUUCUUGGAGAGAGGGAGGAGAGAGUCUUGGGGCACAUUGCCAUAGUGACUGCAAGAUGUCAGUGGUUGCGUAAGAAAAUCCUGCAGGCUCGGGAUAGGCAGCGACAGAAGACUAAACAGGAAAACAGCGAGGAGAAUGAUGAAGGGGCAGCUGGAGGCCCGAGGGAUAUCCCAGCAGGCAACAGGCCAUCGGGCACACAGCCGAUGCUAGAAGUAUCCAUCAGGGAAGCGGAGGCCCAGCCUUUUGAAGUCUUAAUGCAGUUCCUCUACACAGACAAAAUCCAGUAUCCGCGCAGAGGUCAUGUCCAGGAUGUUCUCCUGAUCAUGGACGUUUACAAACUCGCUCUUAGUUUUAAGCUUUCCCGCCUGGAGCAGCUGUGUGUACAGUACAUUGAGGCAUCUGUCGACCUGCAGAACGUUCUCAGUGUUUGUGAAAAUGCCAACAAACUGCAACUGGACCAGCUCAAGGAACAUUGCCUUAAUUUUGUAGUGAAGGAGUCACACUUCAAUCAGGUGAUCAUGACAAAGGAGUUUGAGCAUCUGUCCACCCCUCUGAUAGUGGAGAUAGUGCGGCGAAAGCAGCAGCCUCCUCCCAGGUUGUACUCAGACCAGCCUGUGGACAUUGGGACCUCCUUGGUGCAGGACAUGAAGGCUUACCUGGAGGGAGGCGGCCUGGAGUUCUGUGACAUUAUUCUACUGUUAGACGGACACCCACGACCUGCACAUAAAGCCAUACUGGCAGCCCGAUCCAGUUACUUUGAGGCGAUGUUCCGCUCCUUCAUGCCCGAGGACGGUCAGGUUAAUAUCUCUAUUGGUGAGAUGGUUCCAAGUAAGCAGGCCUUUGAGUCCAUGCUGCGUUAUAUCUACUAUGGCGAUGUCAACAUGCCUCCAGAGGAUUCCCUCUAUCUGUUUGCUGCACCAUAUUACUACGGGUUUUCCAAUAACAGGCUGCAGGCUUACUGCAAGCAGAAUCUGGAGAUGAACGUCACUGUGGAGAAUGUCUUGCAGAUUCUGGAGGCAGCAGAUAAGACCCAGGCUCUGGACAUGAAAAAGCACUGCCUGCACAUUAUUGUCCACCAAUUCAUUAAGGUAUCCAAGCUCCCCAACCUGCGGUCUCUCAGCCAGCUGCUGCUGUUGGACAUCAUUGAGUCUCUAGCUACACACAUAUCAGACAAACAGUGUGCUGAGAUGGGCUCCGACAUUUAGGAUGACGCCGAGAGCCGGGCUCUUUUGUCCUCUCACAGAAGCCAUACACCUCUGCUCCACCUACUUCUAGUCAUUCCCUCCUCCCCAGCAAACAUUACUUACCUUUAUGUUGGACCUCGCAUGUCUCGACCCUCAUACAGUAGAUGCCUUUAAUACAUGCAGUAUCAACGUUGUUCUUGUUUCUCAGUCUGCAUCUCAGUGAGGAGUGAAACUAGUGAAGAAACCAAAUUCUAGCUCAAUGACAAUUGUUAGUUGACCUGAAAAAUCCCCUUUUAUGUUUAGUUUGUAAUUUAUUAAUUUUGUAUACACAGAACAAAGCUUUAGCAGGUUUUUUCUGCUCAGUAUUGCUGCUGCAUUUUUAAAAGAUAUGCAGUGCACUGUAAUAAUUCACACUUGUGACACUAUAGAAAGUUCAAGUGUUGCUCUCAGCUGUCCUGAGAUAUCUGCUCAGAUACAUUCUCAGUCAUCCAAAUACAACUUAAUCAAAGUAUACCAUUAAAUGGAUUAUUUAUCCAAAUAUGUAUUCAUCACUUGUAUUAUUCGCAGCUCUGUCACAGUUAACAAACCUGCCGUAAAGAAUCAAGACCAUUAUACGAAAAUAAUGAGAAUGUAUGUCUGUCUUACAGCUGUUUUUGUUUAAUGUUCUUGUCAUUGGCACACAUCUUUGUAAUACUAAUCAUCUCUUACCAUCACUAACAGACAAGCUCUCUUCUUCCAUACGAUAUAGCAAUGAUUAUUUAGUGACACCAGUAUGCUGUUGUUAAAUAUUUACCCACACAAGUUUCGUAUAUUUAAAGCCUUAAUAAAUCUUCUCAUACAAAAUAA